UAGCAUAAAUACUUAGACCAAGAAAAUGAAAGUGAAAAUGCACAAAAAAAUUACUCACAAGGAAACUGAAACACAGUAAAAUAAAAAAUAAAGAGUAUAAAAACUGUAUUUGAGUUUAAAUGGUUGCAUAACAUAUUUUCUCUACAAUUAUAUCAGGUUUCUAAGUAUGCGGGACAUUACCUGCACACAGCACACUUAGAUAGAACUAAUUAGUAAUUAUUUUGCAUAUAAUCCCACAAAUUUAUUGUCCACAUCGUAAUAUUUUUUUAUAAAAAACGACCAGUAAAUUGUGUUCAAAAAUGAAGCUUUUGCAAUCAUUCAUUGAAAAUGAUCAAGGUCGCGUUUCUCAUUUAUCACCGCACCAACUGCAAGCAAAGAUAAACACGAUUUAUUGCAUUUGCAACUUGAUACCAAACACCAACAUUAUGUUAGCAUUUUACAGUCAGUCUAGUUUCAAUUUUAAUAAAACUCUGGUCCCCUAUUUUGAGUCAACUUCCCGUCAAUUUUUUACUUGGCGCGCUUUUCCGCCUCCUCUUCGCCAGAGUGGGGCAACACAUGUUAUCAACCUUAUCACUAUCACAAACACAGUGUUAUAAUCAUGUGUUCCCCAACCAAACAAUGACCAGAAAUUCGCUCGAAUUCAACUCUUUACCCGAAAAUGAACGAAGGCAAUUGCAGGAUUUGUUUACCGAAAUCGAUAGCGGCCCCAAAGAUGAGAGUUCCAGCAACAAACCACAAAACUUCCCAGUGUUUGAAGAGCAAGAGAUACUUCUCCGAAAACCCAGUCUUAAGCCAGAAAGGCCCAAAACAUACUCGUCCACAGUAACGAAGAAAAUCGAAAAAACCCACUUUGAUUUUGACGGAGUUAAGGGCUUGGAAUUGCUCAACGAACGCCAAUGUAUCAAGAUUGGAGAAGAGGACAUCCUGCGAUUGGACGGCAAAGAGUUGAAACUCCUGAGGGGAAACACCGAAAAUGUGAUAAAACGCAACAUCUCCAUGAAAAAAGGCGUUAAAUUCAUUACGAAAAAAACCCUGGAGAUGAGCGACGUGGACACGAACCUCUACUGGCUCACGUUCAGCUCGCACAAAGACGCCAAACUCUUCAUCGAGAAGGAAAAAUCCUUCCAUGCUCUGCCAUCGACCAUAAAGCCCAUGGGGCCGUUCUGGCAACUGCGCAAGCUGCUCAAGAAGCGCUCGAGUCGGGAUCUGCUCGAGCUGAAGGGGAUUAUCAAGAACGAGCCGAUUUUCGGCAACACUUUGGAGGAGUUGGUCAGUGAGGAGCAUCCAGUGCCGGAGGUGAUCACGAGGAUUGUGCGACUGAUUGAAGAGCCGGAAAAUAUCACCAGUGUGGGGCUGUAUCGAGCGUCGGCGAAUUUGGCCGUGGUUCAGAACAUCCGGUUUGAGAUCAAUUGCGGAAGAUGGGAGAUUUUGGACAAGCAUGGGACGGAUGUUGAUGUACUGGCGGGGACUCUCAAGCUGUUUUUUCGCGAGUUGAAGCAGCCGCUGAUUUCGGCGGAGGUGUAUGAGGAGUUGCGCGAAGCGAUAACAAAUGGUAAAUUUGAGAUUAGGACAGUUGUUGAUAAUCUCCCAGCACCAAGUCGAAACACCCUUUUAUUUAUAAUCAAACACCUCUUAAAAGUAUGUGAACACAAAGACGCCAACAAAAUGGACUUUUACAAUUUAGCGAUAUGUUGGGGCCCUACUUUAAUCACACUGCCUAGUAGUUGCUCAGAUUUGGUGGCUCAAACCACCGGAUUUACCAAAGUUACCGAACAGUUACUUUGCUAUUACAAGGAACAUCCGGAAUUUAUUGCAGACGAUUACGUACCAAAAACCAAAGAUUUCGUCUACCAAGUAGUGCAAAAACUGACGGAAAUUAUCGACACCGGGAUCGAAACGGAAGGAAUUUACCGAAAAUCCGGUUCGAACGCGAAAAUCGACAACAUAAUGAAACAACUAGAGAAACAAAAUUUGACCGAAAUCGACGAAAAAACCGACAUACAUGAUCUCUGUUGCGCCCUCAAAAAGUUUCUCUCAUCGUUAAAAGAACCACUAAUUCCCAACGAGUUUUUAUGCCAGUACUGCGAAAUCUGUGAUAAAUUAGAAUACUCCGUUUUACGGAAUGAAAUUCGGCGGAUGGUUCAGCAAGUUCCACGAAAAGACGCUCUUUUGCUGCUUUUCGAGCACUUGAAGAACGUUUUGAGUUUUAGCAAACGGAAUAAAAUGUCAGAGAUUAUUUUGUGCGACAUUUGGAUGACAACACUUGCGUCGUCGACUUACAGGAAAAAAGUGCCGAAAUUUUUCAAACUGUUUGAACUUUUGUUGUAUUUGGACGAGGAAGUUUUACCAGACUUGAUCAAGGAGACGAGAGUUAGGGAAAGUAGAUAUGACAACGUACCUGAUGAUAUUAGUGACGACACAACGUCAAGCCAGCAAAUGUACACAAAGUUAUAGUAUUUAGUUCGUAUGUAAUUAUGUAAUGUAUGUACUGUUUUAUUUAUGUGAGAUUAAUAAAAAUUAAAUUUA